AUGUGUGAGCACAAUCUUCUUAACUCUGGCUAUGUCGGUUCUCUCUUGAAUUUCCCCUCACCGGACUCUUUUUACUUCUCCAACAUACGGAGCAAUGGAGGCCAGGUCGCGGGGCUUUCCCCGCUUUCCUACAGCAGAAGAGACGUAUGCUCGUUCCCAUGGACUUCAUCAAGUUCGUGCACAUCUCCGCCGCAGAAUCGAGCCUUCGGCGGCUUCACUCAGCCGUUCAUUACAAACUCAACGCAUCAAUGUACGAGCCCAAAUAACCAUAAGGGCCAGCGCGAAGAUUCUAGUAAAUACUACUUUCAGGAUACAAACCUCAAGCCAGAAGAGGCAGAAAUGCAGACAUCAUCUUUUGCAGGUGACUGUGGAAUAACAUAUUCUGUUACUUCCCUCAAACAUGGAAUUUCCAACUUGGAGAGACUUUCCCAAAACGCCGGCCAUGCUGAACUGAAUUCCAGCCCUCAAGCAAUAACCGAAGGCAUCAAACAGUCGGCCAACUCCAAUGUUACAGUGGCAUCUUCAAGUGUACACUGGGGCCCUUUACAAGUGAGAUCCAGAAAGAAACGGAAGCCGUAUACGAAGCCACAGCUCUGUGAGCUAGAGAAUGAAUUCCUGAUGAACGAAUUCAUAAACAGACAGAAACGAAAGGAGCUCUCCGACAGACUGAACCUCAGCGACCAGCAAGUAAAAAUCUGGUUCCAGAACCGAAGGAUGAAAAAGAAAAGACUGAUUAUGCGCGAACGCGCAUUUUCAAUGUACUGA